AUGACUAUAAAAAAUAAAAAGACUAAGUCCAGCACGUCUGAGGUGACAUCAUCUAAAAGUGCAUCGAGCAGUGUGCAGAAGACCAGCACUUCGACUUCAGUUCAGAAAAGUAGUAAUACUUUACAGAAGGUCAGUUCGUCUGGUAAAAAAGUUCGCUACAUCGAUGUUAAGGUCGAACAAGAUGAUCCAUUAAUGAUAACAGACAUUAGCGAUCAUGCUUCUAUUAGCGGCUCUACUGUCUCUGAACUUUAUAACAGCCACCCGCACUACAUUAUUACGGAGGCCCCAUCGGUUUCUGAUUUGUCACAAACUAGAACAUCGAAUGAAAUUCAAGUAAGUGACAUGGCACAAUCUACUACUGGAGAAUUUGUUUCUAACUCUUCUGUGCACGAAUCUUCCUCUACAUCACAGCACCAAACAUCUAGAAGUGAAAAUAUUCAGACAUCGUCAACUGUUGAACAUUCCGGUUCCAGUCAUAGCCAGACAUUUGACAGGACUGCCGAUUCUUCAUCUGCCAAUCAAACUCUAAACACUGCCUUUAUUGAUAGUUCAGGCAAUCAGACUAACUCGAGGGGUUCAUUUUUGUCAAGAUCUCAAGGCGCUAAUGCUACUGAUUCAUUCAUUCAGUCCGAACGGCAAAAUUUAUCUAAAACCGGACACAGUUCAAACGUGAGUAGCGACACUUCAAAAGGCAAUGUUAACAUUCGCGGGAAUGAACGGCACAUGAAUAUUCCAGAUGACAAAGUAAAUACCUUAAAAACGAAUCCAAACAAUUUCUAUGGGGGUGAAGGAACCCUAGAUAAAAAUAAAAAAACAAAUGAAUUUAGCAGUACAUCACAUUCCAGUCAAUCAAAGAGCAGUAAUGUUACAAAAUCAUCUUCAUCAUCUUAUGUAGUUGAAAUUGUUGAUGGAAAAGAACGUAUAGUUGAUAAAUCUCAAAGGGAGUGGGGCGAUGCAAAAGAACAUGCAACAAAUGAGGAAUAUGUUAGUGUCAGUGGAACGAAUAUAAAGCCGCAAUCUGCCUAUAGUGCCCAAAAUUAUGACAUGCAAUCAAAGUAUGAUUCUGGCAAAGAUGGAGCAAGACCUAUUAACGAAAUGACUGUAAGAGAAGAUUCGAAGUAUAUUAAAGAUGGAAAACAACUGACUAGCCACGAAAGUGUUAUUUCUCAAAAUGAUAACUCCAUACAACAACAGUUUACGUCAACGCAGAAUCAGAUUACUUCUGAUGAUCAUUACCAAUCUCACGUAGGUAAUGUAUCUCAUAAUUUACAGAACGUUCAAUCGAAUUCUGAAAAUACUAAUUAUAACACAAUGCAAAAUAAAAACAUACAAUCAAACACCUCCCAUUCUAAUAUCCAGCAGAAAGACAUAAAAGAAAAUGUAUCAACUCAUCACGAAAACAGGAAUAAUCAAAUUUCAACAAAGCGUAAUGUUAAUCAAACAGAUUCUUCUAACUUUUAUGGUUACGAUUCUACCAUACAAGAUCAACUUAGGAAAGUUGGAAACAUCUUACAGGUUCCAAACACUGAAAAUAUAAACUAUUCAACUAAGAUACUGAAAAGUAACACUAGUAGUGCCCAGCAAGCAUCGUCAUCAUCUUAUGUAUUUGAAGUUGUCGAUGGAAAACAAAGAGUAAUCGACAGCGCCCACAGAGAAUGGGGGGAUAGUAAAGAACAUUCAACACAUGAGAAAAGUCAUAAUAUCAGUGGCACUGGUAUUAAACCGGAACAUGAAUAUUCGAGGCAAGUUUUGGAUAAAGAGUCGUAUUAUGACACUGGCAAAGAUGGUAUUCCUAAGAGUGCAUCUCAAAUAUCGGAAGAAUCUGCAAUGUAUAAGAAUGGAGUGGAAAUUGCUUCCAAGCGAAAUGUAUAUGCCAGUGAUUUAACUAAAAAACAAGCUAUUACUGAACACCCAUCUGAUUAUGUAGAAGACAGGUACUUGGUAGAUGAAAACAAUAGACGGCAAACAGAUAGUCAAGAUAUCAAGUCUGACAACGUAUCAACUUAUGUUACUGAUUCUGACAAUAUUAGAAAAACAACGGAAUUAAUAACUAAUGAAAAGCAAAAUAUAUCAAAAGAGAGUUCUUCAAAGACUACCAGUGAAACAAAAGAUACCCUGACAUCGUAUGAAAGAAGCACAGGUACAUGGAAUGGUAAAUUUACUUAUGAAACUGAAGAUGACAGACCUAAACGUCCUAAGCAAGUUUCACCGUUUGGUAGAUCAGAACAACCACGGCACCACUUGAAACGUCAAGAUACAGAAGAAAAUAUUAUAAUAUCGUCUAGGGAUAUUAAAGAUUUCACCUCUAUAAGUGAUUUGCGCAAAAUCAUUGAAACAUCACAAACAAACAAGGAUGUUACAGUAAGCAACAAGAAUAUUGUGAUAAGGAGAAAUAUAGAUGACAGGGUUUUGAAAGAAAUCCUAGAAACAGUGAAAAAGUAUCCAUUUAAAAGAAUUGAUAAAGUUACUUUUGGCACAAAGAUAAAUGAGGACGUUAAGGAUUUAUAUGAAGGAAUUGAUACCGAAGAAACGACUGUUUUAAGUACAACAACUGGAGAGAAGGUGAAAAAAUCAUUUGAAGUUGAUAAAACAAGGAGUCAAAUCGAAGUAACAAGAUACAUAACUGAAAAUGGUAUUACCAGGAAGGAAACAAUAUAUGAAGAUGCGAAGGAAGAUGAUAAAGUCAAAACAGAUGUGUUUGUCGACAACAGCUCGUUAGACAUCAAAAACUUGAAGGAUGUCCGCACAACGAAAGAUGUUUACGAAUACGACGUGGUCGAUCACGCAACAACUAAUACCACACGCGAAGAUAUCGUCAGCUCCGUCUAUGAUGAGACCAUCAUAGAUGAUAGAAAAACAGUGCGAGACGAUACAACGGUCAUCCGCGAAAGAUACACCGACGAAACCAGACCACGUCCCGGUGGUCCCGGUGGUCCCAGGAAACCAGAAAAAGUCUGUAAGGAGCAAUGCAUCUGUGAGAUCUGUACUUGUGGGUAA